UACCGUAUGUUAAAACAGACACCUCUCAAAAGUCGAAAUAUAUGUACCUUGCGCUACUUAUUCAUAGAUGGCGACAGUAUUACUGCUUUUUUGAAUGAACUGGCAUAUCUAUUCGUUUUGAAUAUUUUCGUCUGUGUCAGUUAAUCCAGCAAUACCCUGAAUUUGAAUCAGUGAUUUCAUUAUUGUGCAAAACAUGGAUAACAAAUACUAUUGGAAGAAACCCUUAACAUUACACGAGCUUAUGGAAGAAAUUGAAAACUUGGAUGAGUCUUACGACAUUCCUGAUACAAUUUCCAUAUUUCCCCCUUCCGAUGGCUACGAGACGGAUGAAGACUCGGGAGAUGAAGCUAAGGUAGAUAUCAAUAAUCUCCCUGGAAAUCAACUUAGGGCGGAGGCUGAGGUUAGUUUCGAAAAUAAUGACAUACUAAGUGCAGAUGGCUAUGACAGAGAGGAUGAGUUACCGUUGUCUUCGUUUCUGCAACCAAAGCACCAGAAGUUGCUCUUCGAGACAUCCACAUUCAAAAAAUCUAAACCUACUUUUACAUGGAAAAAAACUGAUAUAAAUGCUUGUCUCUCAACAUGGCAAGAAAAGCAAGGCUCGAAAAAUACUUUAUCGCCAAUAGAUCUUUUUUUCUUGUUUGUAGACGAUGAGAUAAUCGACUUGAUAAGAAACUUCACAAAUUUAUAUGCCUCUCAGCAUAACAGAUCAGGGGACGUAUCCACUGAAGAAAUUAAAUGUUUCAUUGGUAUUUUGUUACUCUCCGGAUAUUAUAAAUUUCCUAGAAGGGCUAUGUAUUGGGAGAAUGCUGAGGAUGCUGGAAGCAAGCUAGUUUAUGAAGCAAUGUCGAGGGAUCGUUUUAGUUUCAUAAUGCAAAAUCUUCACUGUAAUGACAAUACAAAGUUGACUAAAGACGACAAAUUUACCAAACUGCGCCCUCUAUUUGACACUUUGAACAAAAAAUUCCAAGCUUUUGCCCCCUUUCAAGAAUUCCACAGCCUUGACGAGUCCAUGGUGCCAUAUUAUGGUGGCCAUGGCACGAAGCAAUUCAUUCGAGGAAAACCGAUCCGCUGGGGUUACAAAUUUUGGACAGGAACUACUAGAAACGGAUAUGUUGAAUGGUUUGAACCAUACCAGGGAUCAGGGACUCAACUACCUAAGAAAUAUCAUCAUCUUGGUUUAGGUGCCAGUGUGGUUUUACAGUUUGCAGAUGUUUUACAGCUCAUAUAUAAUAACGUUCCUUAUCACAUAUUUUGUGACAACUUUUUCACGUCCAUAAUUUUACUUAUAGAGCUCGCAAAAAGAGGCAUAAAAUGUACGGGCACAAUGAGAGAAAAUCGACUUCAAAACUGCCCUCUAAAAAGCUCUAAAGCAUUGAAAAAGGAAUCACGAGAAGAAAUUCCAAAGAGAGAAUCUCAACCAUAUCGAGAGCCAACACAUAAUUUGCAAGAGCAAGAAUAUAAAGAAAACACCAUUUCAGAAGAUAGUCUUGAAGAAGAGAAUACCAGCAGUGGAGACAUCGCCAGAUUAUCUCAAAGGAUCAAAAAACCCAAGAAUUUUGACGACUUCAUCACGUAUUUCAGUCCAGGAAAACCAGACGAUUCAGAUGAAGAAAGUCUACUUUCAGUGGGAGACCUAAUUUCAGUGGAAGAGGCCCUUGCUGGACCAGAUCGAGACCAAUGGAUAAAAGCCAUUAAAAAUUAG